AGACACGGAAGAAACGCAACCUUUUUUCCUGAUCUGACCCCUGAGUGUGUGUGUGUAAAUGUGAAAACAUUUAUGCCUAGACCUCACGGAUCCACAAAUCGAGUUUGAAAUAUUUCCCAGCAUGCUCCCGCCUGCUGCAGUGUACCAGUUUCCCUGGGAACUGAACUCUGGAUCCGAGCAGGAAGGGGACUCUGUGCGGACUUUUGGCAAACUCACGCAGUACGACCCAGAGAAGUCCUUGGCCACGCUGUCGACACACCACUCUUCAAAGCACCACUGUGUCAUAGUUCACACCCUGUUUGUUGAGCCAUUUGACGCUGUAACCGGAGCUCAGUAUAUAGUCCUUGGAGAGUUGGAGAAUAUAGAGGGUGUGGGGGUGAUGGUUCGGGCUCGUGUGCUGAACUGUGUUGAUGGAGCAAAUAUUGCCCUCCUCCAGAGAGCAAUCAAUGAUCAGAGAAGAUUUUUGGAAGAGAGGAAGCCUGCUGUGAAAGGCGGAGAUUAGAUCACAUGACUGUUAUAGAAGCAGCUUGCAUUUAAAACAAUGUCAGCAUCUUGAAUGUUUAUGAAGCUACAGGCUUAAAUGAACUAUACCCCAUACAAGGUAACUACAGCAGUUGGCCCACACCAUAGACUCUAUGAAGAAGUGGACUAAGUGAGUGUGACAUCACCCAUAGUGUUUGGCUCCAGUCAAAUGAAGCUUAUUGAGGCUAGAAGUUACAGCGGCCAAUUUGGAGACGAGUUCCAUAUUAGGAAUUCUGACUUCAAGUAUCAUAGCAACCAAAGAGCCAAUUACAAGCGAGGCUGUUGAAGGUAACACCCCUUCCCACCGGCACUGCUGGUUUAGCAGGGAGCUGGGAGGACGUCACCUGACACGAGUUGGACACAAAUAAUCAGCAGCUUGUGUAAAUUUACACAUGUUAAGUUUAAAUAGAUUAUCCUAUAAUUGUACUAAUAAUAAAAUAGGUCUGGACUGGCGUUUUAUUGACAAUGUUGCGUCCACCCCCUACUAAACCAGUGGUGUGGGUAGGAAGGGACGUUACCUUCCACAACUUCGUUCCAGAUUGGCUCUUUGGUUUCUACGAUACUCGCAGUCGGAAUAUUUACUAUGGAGCCUGGCUUCAUUGCUCCAAACACAUUUGCAAUUCAUUGUAACAUUAAUAAACUAAUCAGAUGC